UACUGUGAGAGCUGUGAUUGGUCACAGCUUGUCACGUGGUACAAGGCUGUUGUGAAUAGCCCUGUACCAUGUGAUCUCAGUGAUCAGUCACAGAUUUCACACGUAGUAAGCAAUGAUGUCAGAAGUGACACCUUGCUUACUACUCUGCAUGUGAUCACUGAUUGGCCAAUCAGUGUGCCCUACCCACGCCACCAGAUGUCAGUCACCGGGUCCCGGCCGGAGAUUCCCCGCCGGCACCCGGUGAUCGCCGAGUAACACUGGCAGGAGAGAGACCCGGGUUUUUACACUCAGGUUUCUCCCCUGUCAG